CUUGCUUGCAAGUGGCUGUUCGCCCAGGGACUCUGGUCGCCAUGGUCUCAGACGAAGAUGAAUUGAAUCUUCUAGUUAUCAUAGUUGAUACCAACCCUAUUUGGUGGGGAAAGCAAGCAUUAAAGGAGUCUCAGUUUACUCUGUCAAAAUGCAUUGAUGCCGUGAUGGUGCUGGGAAAUUCUCAUUUGUUCAUGAAUCGUUCCAACAAACUUGCAGUGAUAGCAAGUCACAUUCAGGAAAGUCGAUUCUUAUACCCUGGAAAGAACGGCAGACUUGGAGACUUCUUUGGAGACCCAGGAAACCCUUCUGAAUUUACUCCCUCAGGAAGUAAAGAUGGAAAAUACGAGUUGUUGACAGCAGCAAAUGAAGUUAUCGCUGAAGAGAUCAAAGAUCUAAUGACCAAAAGUGACAUAGAGGGUCAACACACAGAGACUCUGCUGGCAGGAUCCCUUGCCAAAGCUCUUUGCUACAUUCAUAGAAUGAACAAGGAAGUUAAAGAUAAUCAGGAAAUGAAAUCAAGGAUAUUGGUGAUUAAGGCUGCAGAAGACAGUGCAUUGCAGUAUAUGAACUUCAUGAAUGUCAUCUUUGCAGCACAGAAGCAGAAUAUUUUGAUCGAUGCCUGCGUGUUAGACUCUGAUUCAGGACUCCUCCAACAGGCUUGUGACAUCACAGGGGGACUGUACUUGAAGGUGCCCCAGAUGCCUUCCCUUCUGCAGUAUCUCCUGUGGGUUUUUCUUCCUGAUCAAGAUCAGAGGUCUCAGUUAAUCCUCCCACCCCCAGUUCAUGUUGACUACCGGGCUGCUUGCUUCUGUCAUCGAAAUCUCAUUGAAAUCGGCUACGUCUGUUCUGUGUGCUUGUCAAUAUUCUGCAAUUUCAGCCCAAUCUGUACCACAUGCGAGACAGCCUUUAAGAUUUCUCUGCCUCCUGUACUGAAGGCCAAGAAAAAGAAACUGAAAAUGUCCUCAUGA